AUGAAGUUCAUCCACGACUUCAUCAUCUUCCUCCUGGCCUUCCUCUCUCUGGCUCUAGCCUCCCCUCUUGCCGACCAUAACUCCGCCGUGGCCGAGCUCAUCGACGCCGAAAUCAAGACCGGUGAAGUGAGCAGCAUCGAAGCCGCGCCCGGCGCCGUCACCAUCAUAAACCACCUCCGCGUCCCCGUCUACCUCUGGUCCGUGGACACCAAACAGGGCCCAAUGAUCACCCUCGAGCCUAUGUGGGGCGCCCACAAGGAAUCCUACCGCUUCAGCCCCAACCCCAACGGCGGCGUGUCCAUCAAGAUAGCGGCCGGGACUCCCGACAUCAACAACGUCUUGCAGUUCGAGUACACCCGCACCAACGACAAGAUCUUCCGCGACAUGUCGACCAUCAACCUGCGUCCUGGAUCGGAGUUCGUCCGCAAUACAUACGCCCUCAUCCCCGAUGAUGAGAGCAACUGUCCCAUGGUUGAAUGCAGCUCUGAUGACUGCCCCGGCGUCUACCACAAGCCCAACGAUGACCACGCCACCUAUGGCUGCCCUGUCGGUGUCAAUAUGAAUCUCAUGCUUGGAUAUUAG